AUGGAGAUGAAAGCGCACUUGUUAGCCUGUUCGAUGCAGCAGAAACUCUUAUCGGGUGUCCAGCUGCUGAAUUUGCCGAAUCCAAAAAACGGGGUGCGCAAAUUGGAUGAUAAAGACCGAGAAACAGGACGCUUUGUUGCACAAGAAGUAGAGAAAAUUGAAGGUUCUGAAAUUGAUGAAGAACCAGUAGGAAAAAGACUGAAAAGACAUUCAUAUUUCACAAUGCACCAAGCCUCUGCAUCAUCCAAACACGAGGCUGUCUAUGAGCAUCACCCACGUCCAAAUCAACUGAUUGGGGAGAAUGAUCUACCACAGAAGCUUCAAAAUUUCAUUGAGGACAGCAGAGAUGGGCAGAGGGUAGAGUUCUGGUGGCCAAGUUUUGGUGAAGCAGAUGGCCACUUCUUUGAUUAUAUCAGUUCUGUUCUGUGA